UGUUAGCUACUUCUAUACCUCAUAUUCCCACCCCCUUAUGCUAACCCCACUCAUAACGAAGAAAUCACAUUACGCUUAUUUCCCUCUGUUUCUUGCCCUAGACGAUUGAGUAGACUAUAUACAGUGAUGGUUGAGUCUAAAGAUCGGCCUGAAUCAAGCGAAGGCUAUGGAUUAGUGAUUGACUUCAUUGAGAAUGAUCUCCCAAAGCAUCACGCUUACUUUGGAACUCUACCUGUACGGCAUUAUAAGCAACACAUCCAAUAUACCGACAAUAAAUGUGAGAAGAUGCCAGUAAUGGCGCGUCCUGAACCUACAAUGUUGUUGGAAUCAACCCCCGGAGCUAGCGCGAAGCCAAAUGAAAACGCUGCCAUCGCCAUGUCGUAUUGGAACAUGGUCUUCCCAACAGCCAAGUCAAGAUUCGAAUCUAUGCCACAGGAAGAUGUGCCCAAGCAUCGCAAGCCAGAGUACGAUAUUCGCAGCAGCGGAACUUGGGCAGACGUAUAUAAUAAGCUCAACAAUGCUCGACAGUAUUACACCAAUGAAACGGGAAUUAGGGGAGGAAUUCGGCGCGCUUGGCAAUGGACCGUAGAUAAUGCCGCCGAGCCCAUGAUUGGAGCUACCAAAGUGAUCCCACAGAUGGAUAUUGUUACUCCGGUUCUUGCAGCUGUGCAGAUCAUCCUCGAGGCUGCUAAAAAAGGUGCCGAAGUCAAGAAAGAAGUGUUGAACGCAUUCGAUGAGCUCGAGGAUGUGUUUCGCGAUGUCGAGUUAUUCCUCGGGUCGUUUAAGGGGGAAGACCUCAUUCUCGACCAAGUGGUGAGUUUAGUAGUGAGUGUGUUGUUCGCUAUAGAAAACGGCAUAUCAUUCUUUACCCGUCCUGAGCUGGUCCGUGGAUUCAAAUCGAUUCUUGAAGGGAAAGGGUACGAGAAGCCCCUUCUCGAUAGUCUUGCCACUAUCACAUCCCAGAGCAAGAAACUGAUGGCACAAGCGCUAAAAACCCACAUUCGCGACUUCAACGGAUACUCACAAGCGAGCUUGCAGAUUCUUAAGUCUAUCCAACAAGGCAGCGGGGAAAUAGCUAUUAAAGUUGACGGCAUAUCCGGUAAAACCGACAAGGUAUACGAUGAGGUCCAUAUCCUGAACAACAGUAUCUCCCUCCUGCUGGACAGACACGACGAAGAAAUGAAGGCUUUGACACGUGAAGUUCACUGGAACAAAAAUAGGAUUGAUGACCAAGAACGACUGCUUGUCGCCCGCGCACAAGAACUCGAGUAUCUACGAAACGUCGUUCGGAGCACUUCCCCUUACCAACCAAGCUCAGCAUGGGCACCCCCAUAUCCAUCCCACCCACCCCCCUUCCUCCCCCGGACGGAAGAGACUCCAUAUAUCGGCCAGGAUGAGCUAUGGUCUCUACUAGCGAUCGACGACAUCGACACGACCGACAUAGACGCGAUCGAGGGGAAAAGGCAAGAACUUCCCCUGCAAGAUCGCAGGCGGACGGAGCAGAUUGUCCAGGACCAGAAAUUCCAGGACUGGAUCGUGGCCCCGGCGUCCACGAAGCUGAUGGUCUGCGGCAACUUCUCCGGCUUCAUGGUGGAGACCUCCGCGCUAUCGCUCUUCUGCACGACCCUCGCGAAAGCAUUCCGGUCUCGGAAACGCUACGUGUGCCUCGUGUGGUUCUGCGGCCGCCAUUUGGGAUACGACGAUGAAUCUGAUUCCGAGUCGAGCGAGGAGGAGGACGAUUAUUAUUACGAUGAUGGGUUCAACGGGGGACAAGACGAAGAAGAAGAUGAUGAUUACAGCCCGGGGACUAAGCUGGGCGUGAUCAAACGGAUGGUGCGAAGCCUGAUUGCGCAACUACUCUGCGAUUAUGACUUUGGUCCGAUGCACCUCUUGCCUCCAGAUGUGGACCCUGAAAUCAUUGGGGAAGGCCAUAGCCUAUCGCAACUGAGGCGUCUGUUUUGUUGGUUGGUCCGACAGCUGCCUAAGGAGAUAACGCUUUUCUGUCUGAUAGACGGCAUCGUGUUCUACGAGCGGGAAGACUUUGAAGACCCAAUACUUGAUUUCCUGGGUGACAUCCUCGAGCUCACCGUCUCCGAUGAUGUGUCAGCACCGGUUAAAGUGCUAGUGGCCAGCCCACGACCGACGUCAACGGUCAGAAUAGGGUUCGAGGAUGAUUCGGACGGCGCUAGGGAGAAGGCUACUUCCAUACUAUCCAUGGAUUUACUAACUCCAUUAUACGUGGAUAUCAGUGAUGAAAGAGUUAACAGAAAUCUGGGAGGAAUUGUGAAUGACAGUACAGGGGAAGAAACUGAAGAGUGCGAUCUGGUAGAGUAAGGAAAUUGACUUGGCCGUGGGCAGAAUAGAAGUACAUAUAUGACAUUUACGCUUUCUUCUAUGCUCUACUCUUUUCCCUCUUCCUCCUCAUCCCAACCAUACGCAUACACGACAAGUCGCUGCCGUAGCAAUAGCCCUAAAUCUUCGAUACCCGCUGGUGCAAGAACAUUGGGCAGGUCUCUCUCUUGAAUCCCAGUCGAGAUUCUGUACAGCACAAUCGACAACACCUAACUUUCGCAGCUCAUAGACGCGGACGCACGCAAAUCCCCCUCCAAAAACUUAUCUCAUCUAACCAAUCCGCCGAGCGCAUGAUCAGAUCAUCCUACUACCCUCAAUCUCACGUUCAACACCUUGAAUAACACCUACCUAAGGUAUCUUAGG